CGGCGGCGGGUAAACAGCGGCCAUGGAGGAGGCGGCGGCCGGCGCCGAGGCGUCCUUCUGCCUGCAGAAAGUUACUAUAACAGAUGACUCUGAAGAUGAUUGUCAGUAUGAAGAGGUUGCAGCAGAUGAUGAAUUCAGCAUUCAGGAAGGUGAUGAGGAUCUGCCAAAGGCUCUGCAGACUAUUCAAGAGCAUGCUGAAGAUGCCCAAAUUUUAGCAUCGCAGUCAGUUCUAUUGUCUGAGAAAUCUGUGUCUGAAGUACCUGAAGCUGUGGAUGACUUUCUUUGCAACUUCCUGGUCAGACUGGGAAUGUCCAGAACCUUGGAUUGCUUCCAAACUGAAUGGUAUGAGCUGAUCCAGCGAGGUGUGCUCUCAGCCAAAGACACUGGACUGGUUCCAAGUGUGUAUACCCGCAACCAGGAGCUGGAGAUGGAGAAUAUGCAUUUGAAGAAGGAUUUGGAAAACUAUAAGCUUGCUGCUAACAAAGCAAAAGAGGCUCUCCUAAAAAUGCAGAAAGAACGUGACUUUCAUCGAAUGCAUCAUAAGCGAGUGGUCCAAGAGAAAAGCAGACUUAUUUGUGACAUUAAAAGGCUGAAGACUCAUUAUGCAUCAUAUGAACCAGUGCUGAAGCAUCUGACUGAAAAAUAUCAAACUACACUGAGACAGAAAAUGUUGACUAAUUUGGAGAGAGAUAGAGCAGUUGGGCAGAUUACAGGUUUACAAGCUGCACUACAAAAUUUAGAGUCUGGACAGAAUCCUGUGGCAAAAGCAGGCCAGGAACUUGAAAGGAAGAAAGGGUUGGAAGGUCCUACACAGAGAGCUCUUCAGGAAGCCAGGCAACACAAAACUUCUGAUACCAAAAGCUCCCCAUAUGAUGUGGUCAAAGAUGCA